AUGGCUGGAUCUCUAGUCGGCAUUUUGGUGGCAGCCUGUGUAAUAGCCACUGUCAUACAGGAAGCCCAAGCAGUUUGCUGUGGUAGAUACAAGGGUCCGUUUUGCAAAGACUGCACAAAGGGGACUCCGUAUUGCGGAUAUGGGGGCUGCAAUAUCUUUGGCUGCGCUUGCGAAAACGGUUGUCGCAAGAGCUGCGAUCCCAAAUUCAACUAUGAUAUGAUGUUCGGUUAUCCGCUUGCGUGCGGGUGUUCGAAUAAACGCUCAUUGUCAGACGGGGCUGUUCUUAUGGACGUGGCCAGUGACCAUGACACAGACAGAGAUGAUUACAUUCGUAAUUAAUUUUGGAGGAGUUGACAUGGGUCUGAAAAAAGUAAUUGAAUGACAGUAGUCACAGCCUUUAGAUGAAAUCUGGGCAUUGCUUUCUCGUACGACACAUCUUAUUUUCAGCUUUAAAUAAAAAAAUACGUAAUUGAUUAAUCUUGUCACUGAAUUUCGAUUGUUGAAUGGCUGCUUUUC